AUGGGCACUCAGAUGCUCAUCAGAUGUAUCCAAAUGAGCAACCUGGCUGAUGACUACUGGAGACUGCAUUCUAAGCAGCAAAUUUCAUCAUCCAGCCCGUUGUCCUCUCUUUUGCCAUUCAUCGAUAGCUUCGGUCUGAUGCGAGUUGGUGGCCGUCUACAGAAUUCGUCCUUGGAUUACAAUGCGCAGCAUACUGCCAUGCCAGCAUCCAGUUACACGUGCCAUUAUACUGGUCUACGAGCACUGCUCGCUCACAUGCGCCUUCAGUUUUGGCCGAUAGGUGGCCGGAAAACAGUGUCAGCUGCAACGUCAAAAUGCGUCAUUUGCUUUCGUGCCAAACCACAGCUUUCUCAACACAUAAUGGCUGACUUGCCCAAGGAUCGUGUAAACGCCACGUCUACGUUACGUUUUAUUACAAAACCGGAGUUCGAAGCAAGAGGCAAACCUGUCCGAAUAUGGUCGGAUAAUGCCACGAACUUCGUUGGAGCCAAGAACGAGCUAGCUGAGCUGAAGAAUCUAUUCUUAUCGAGCCCCCACAUUCGAGCGAUUGAAGAAUUCUGCUUGGAAGAUUCGAUUGAGGUGCGUUUUAUUCCCUCUCGUUCACCUCACUUUGGAGGUCUCUGGGAGGCUGCAGUAAAAACGGCCAAAUUUCAUUUCUACCAGAAUCCGGCAGAUCUUGAGGCGCUAACUUCUGCACACUUUCUUGGCACAGUUCCACUGGUGUUGUAUUCUGAGCCUGACGUCACAAAGCUGAACUUCAAUCGUUUGGACCGCUGGAAGAGAAUUUCCUACUUCCAACAAAUCUUCUGGUCAGGGUGGCGUGAAGAGUACUUGACCCUGUUACAGCAACGGUCAAAGCGGCGCACUCCCAAACCUGUGCUGCAAAUCAACGAUAUCGUCUUGGUCCAGAAUGAGAUUUUGCCUCCACUUAAAUGGCCAUUAGCCCGGGUCAUGGAAUUGGUGCCCGGAUCCGAUGGAGUUUCUCGUGUGGCAGUAAUACGAACUUCAACUGGAGUCACUCGCAGAGCUGUCCGCCAAUUGUGCGUGCUUCCGAAGCUGGAUCUGGUUGAAAGCCCACGUCUUCCAACGGGGGAGACAUAUCGCGAAUGUUAG